UCUCUCUCUCUCAGUUUAGUCAGUGGUUGUUAAUAAUGGCAGCAGCUUCUCAGGACAGUUAAAUCGCUCGCGCAGAUCAAGAAGAAAUGCGCCGUUUAAAAUGGAUUAAAUCAUUAAAGGCAAUAUUAAGAGUCCAGCCGUGAGCUGUAACGACACACAGAAGAGGAUUUAACGACAUUAUAUCUGUAAACAGCGUCUGUUUGUCGGUCCGUCUGUCUGUGGUAAGAGCCGUUCAUUAGCAUUAGCUCGAUUAGCUCCGCCGCUGUUUCACUCUCUCCGCUCCGCCGGGCUUUCGCUCUCAUUCCGCCGCUUUCCCUCCCCUUACCCCGCGCUGUCUUAUCGCUGCCCGCUGCGGGUCAUGAAAAGCUGCUUCUGUUUGAAAAGGAAGAACCUAUCACCGCAUUUAACAAGUAAAGAGUCGGGUUUGGAGCGAUAGUUCCUCCAUGAUGCCUGAGGUACGAGAUCUUUCAGAUGCGCUGCCAGAGAUGCCAAUGGAUCCCAUCACUGGUGUAGGUGUUGUGGCUUCACGAAACAGAGCUCCUACCGGCUAUGAUGUGGUCGCACAAACUACAGAUGGGCUUGAUGCAGAUUUGUGGAAAGAUGGUUUGUUCAAAUCUAAAGUCACUCGCUAUCUGUGUUUCACCAGAGCUUUCUCCAAAGAGAACAGUCAUUUAGGAAACGUGCUUGUAGACAUGAAGCUGAUUGACAUUAAGGACACGCUGCCUGUGGGAUUCAUCCCUAUUCAGGAAACAGUGGACACUCAGGAGCCAGCGUUUAGGAAGAGGAGGUUAUGUAUCAAAUUCAUCCCACGAGACUCCACUGAAGCGGCCAUCUGUGACAUCCGAAUCUUGGGCCGCUCCAAACAGGCACCACCACAGUAUACAUUCAUAGGAGAGCUGAACAAUAUGGGCAUCUGGUAUCGUAUGGGAAAAGUGCCACGAACCCAAGACUCCUCACCGGUCCAGAACAACGGCAGCAACACAAACACCAACAACAUCCAGACGGUCACAAAUAACUCCAACUCAACCCCAGCUCCUGUCUUACCCAAGCACAUUUCAAUGACACUGCCAGCGUGUUUCAGGAAAAGCACAACCAGACCAGACUUUGAACAUCAGAACUCCAAUCUCUAUGCCAUCUCGGCUAUGGAUGGAGUGCCUUUCAUGAUCUCUGAGAAGUUUGCUUGUGCCUCCAGUGACCUGGAGCAGGUGGAUCUCAUGGGCAUCAGAAUCAAAUCACUAGCAGAGAUUGAGAAGGAGUAUGAAUACAGUUUCAGGACGGAGCACAGCGCCGCGGCCCGUCUGCCCCCCAGUCCCACCAGAACAUCUCUGGGCUCUGAAGCCUAAAGCUCAAGGAGGAGAAGAAGAGAAGAUAUUGACUUCCCUCAAAACAUAUAUCUACUAAACUAAUGUGAACAAUCGCUGGAAGGAAAGCUAUGGAAAGUUUUACAGAAUGAAAACAGAUCUCCUAACCUGUGGUCAAGUUCAGUCUCUCUAAAGAGUUUUAAAGAUGAAGUGGAGCUCCGUCGCUGUGGUCGUCUUUAUUAAAACCACUACAGUAUCAGAACUGAGAUGAAUGUUUCUGAUCUCUGGAUUCAGAUGCUGUUACUUUACUGACUUUCUGAACAGUUGAACUCUUAAAUAUUCAGCAUGAAAUCAGAUCAUAUUUGGUUCGUCUCCUUUUUGUUUGUUUGCUUGCUUGAGAUUUUAUUUAGAUUGCAGCGACUGCAUGACAGAAAUUGUUUGUUUGUUUGUUUCUUGGGUUUGGAAAUGAAGCCCAAUUCUCUGCACUGUUACAAGACUUUUAAAGCAUUUUAGGUUUUUUUUUUUUUUUUGAUCCGCUUGAGAAACAAAAACACUCCAGCUCAGUAACUAACAGACUUUGUAUAUAAACAGCGAUGAUGAAUCAGGAAUGUGAUGUUUUUAAAAGUGUCCCUUUUUGUUUUUGUAGCGUCGCUCCUGAUUGAUUUUGUUUCAUCACCACUGACUAAUAUCUGUUCUUCUGUCGUUAUGUUUAAUGGUGCUCAAGCAGGAUAGUUUUAUCAGUACACUUGUUUCUCUUCAAAUUCAUGGUGAUAUAUGCUAGUUCAUUUUUUAUGAAUGAAUGAAUCUAUCUGGGAUCAUUUUAGCCCAAAAUCAAAACAUGUUGCAUUAAGAGGAUUUUUGCACCAUGUUAAAAUGACAUUAAAUGCUUUCCAACACCAAACUGAAAGGUCCUAUCUUAAGAAAAUCAUCUACGGUCAUACUAACAAAUGUUUUUGUGUUACAGUAUUACAGGAGGGUGAGAUUAAAAUAAUGUCAAUGUAAAACUUCUAAAGUGAUUUAUGCAAAAUGUUUUAGUUUUGAUUUUGGGAUAAGAUCCAGAUGUUUGUGAGAUUCUUCUGAAGGUCUUGAUGAUGAUGAUGAUGAUGUUCAGUGUUAUUUUGACAGUCAUCUCAGGUGAAAGUGUUUUUGUAAUCUAACCACUAAACAGAUUUAACACGGAUGAUAAUCUUUUUUCUUCUGUUGUUCAUGUGUGGAUCAGGCUUCAGUCAAACUUAUUUUUGGAUGAUUUAAAUCCUGUCGAGUGUCAUUUUGCAUCCAGAAAAUAGAUUUGUGUCUGGAAACAGCCAUAGAUAUUUAGAUCGAAAUAAAACAACGAGGUAAAAAAUGAAACAUGACAAAGUAAGAUUAGUACAUUACAGUUAGGUUUUCAGAGUAAAAUUGAUUUUGUUAUAAAAUCUGGGCUAUUAAUUUAACUCCAUAAGCAUGCAGCAGUUUUUAUUUCUUCAUAACAAGAGAUUUUAAUGUUUUAGUAUUCUUUAUUUAAUGAUAUAUGAAGUCUAAUUUAAAUGUUAUAGCGAGUUUGUUUCACCCUCCCUUUCAGUCACAUGAACAAAUCCAUUGUAAGAUGUUGUUUAGUUAUUUCACUGUGUUAAUGAGUUUAACUUCUCUUCACGGUUUGAUGUAGAUCUCAUCCAGUUUAAGAUCAUUGUUUUACUGCUAGAUGAACCUGCUGUGUUUGUCAACUGAAUUUCAUUUCUUCUAUAAAUGUGAAUGUGUUUGUUGACUAAUGCUUUGGUUUUGUGCUUCAUUAUAAACUUACUGUAACGUGA